ACUUCUGUGUAGUGUUUUCUACCUAAGGAGUCCCAGACUGGCCUAAAAGUGUUUUCCAUUUUCAUUUUUCUAGGCAACCAAACAGAUGAUAAGAAUUAAGAACCAAAAUGCUUGCGUACCUGAACGGAAUACUUGACGGCUAUCUCCUACUCCAACUAAUAUUGCUACCAAAUACUUCUCUCUGCUGCUUCUUCUUCUUAUUCUUCCCCUCACCUCCAUGGUCCUCCUGCAUGCGCCCCUCCUCACCUGAACACACUACACUUUCUCCCCCUCUCUCUGUGCUUCCAACACUGCAAUGGCUGAUCACCCUUCUGCUGACUCGCUCUCUGUGGCUCGCUGGCUCACUGAGUUCGUGCUAAUCGCCUCGACUUUGGCUGCUCUGCCUCUCGUUAGUGGCACCACCGAUGCUUCUGAUGUUCAAGCACUUCAGGUAUUGUACACCUCAGUAAACAGUCCUUCUCAGCUAAUCGGUUGGAAAAGUAGUGGCGACGGACGGAGAGAGAGAGUGACGAAGUCGAAAGGCGGAGAAAGAGAGUGACAGAGUUGUACUCUGAGGGUUUUUAAUUUUUUUUUUAAUUUUACAUAUAUUAAAUUAAAUAGGUAAAUGGAUA